CACUGCAGUAGCUCUCGAGCAACUUUCAGUGUUCAUUCGGAGGUCGUCGAGGUUGUGCCGCGUCUCUCGUGCCCGAAUCGACCUCGCAACUGAAUGUAUUCGUAACGGAACAUCCGUGGUAAUCCAUUCGGCGAAAUGUCCGUCUAACAGAGGGACGCAAUUUAUCGUUAUAGUUACCGAUAUGAGCGCGUUGUGAUUUUGUGCGUAACAAACUGGAGCCAUGUAUUUUUCUGUUUUUAUUGGUGUCGUGUUUUGUGUCACCCUGUGUAGUUCCGCUAAUUUUGACAGUGCGGAGCAGUGUUCUUGGUUGCCGGAUAACAACGAGGGCUCCUCGAAACUGGCCGUCACUUGCAACGUGAGGCUACUCGACGAAAGUGGAGCGAACAUCACCAACCUUCCCGCCGAGGUGACUUCAAGAUUACGCGUCACUUGCAACGGCGCCCUCUUUUUCGAAAGCGUCCUGCCGGCUCAGGGGCUGCACCGGUUACACGAGCUCGAAGAUUUACGAAUCAAGAACUGCAAAGUGUUAAACAUCGAACCCGACACGUUCGAUGGCCUCUAUAAUUUGAAAAAGUUGUACUUGAACACGUUCAACGCCGACUGGGGUCGGAGCAAGAGCCUCGAGCUGACGAGCUUCAGUUUCCGUGGGCUCAAAGAGCUUCAACUCUUGGACUUGGCCGAUAACAACAUCCGGUCGAUGCCAGAGGGUACGUUUUGUUCACUGACCAACCUCCAUACAUUAAAUUUGACGAGGAACCGUAUACGGAGUUCCGAGAGAAUUGGAAUCGACAGUCCCGACUGUAACAGCGGCGACUUGCAAAACCUUGAUCUAUCGUUCAACGAUAUCCGCAGUUUGUCCGAAGACUCGGGAUUUUCCAGACUCAGGCGACUCCAGACCCUCGACCUGCAAUACAACAACAUUUCGGAUGUUUCGGGCGAAGCGUUGGUCGGUCUCGUAUCCUUGAAAAUCCUCAAUUUAUCGAACAACAAAAUCGAAUCUCUGCCGCAAGGUCUUUUCGCGGGCUCGCCCGAGCUCAAAGAAAUCCACCUCCAAAACAAUUCUCUCUAUUCCCUCGCCAAAGGAUUGUUUCAUCGCCUCGAGCAACUCUUGGUCCUGGACUUGUCCGGUAAUCAGCUUACUAGUAACCACGUCGACAACGGCACAUUCUCCGGACUCAUUCGCCUGAUUGUGUUGAAUUUGUCUCACAACGCCCUAACACGCAUAGACGGUCGCAGCUUUAAGGACUUAUUCUUUUUACAAAUCUUGGACUUGAGAAACAAUUCUAUAGGAUUUAUAGAGGACAACGCUUUCUUGCCGCUGUACAACUUGCACACCCUCAAUCUCGCAGAGAACAGAUUAAAUACGAUCGGGCCGCAACUGUUCAACGGGCUGUACGUUCUCAGCAAACUCACUCUCAACAAUAACCUGAUCGUAAAUAUUGACGCUCGGGCUUUCCAAAAUUGUUCGGAUCUUAAAGAGCUGGAUUUAAGCUCCAACGCGCUUUCGCAAGUUCCGGAUGCGAUUCACGAGCUCGCCUUCCUGAAAACUUUGGACUUGGGUGAAAAUCAAAUAAGCGAGUUUAGAAACGGUUCGUUUAAAAAUUUGAACCAGCUAACCGGAUUGCGAAUGAUCGAUAACACGAUUGGCAACUUGACGCGAGGCAUGUUAUGGGAUUUACCGAGUUUGCAAGUGCUCAAUUUGGCGAAGAACAAAAUUCAAAACAUCGAGAGGGGUACGUUCGAGAGAAACACUCAAAUCGAGGCCAUCCGACUGGACGAAAACUUUCUGACGGAUAUUAACGGGGUGUUCGCUACGCUGGCGUCUUUGUUGUGGCUGAACCUGUCGGAAAAUCAUUUAGUGUGGUUCGAUUAUGCGUUCAUACCCAGCAAUCUCAAGUGGUUGGACAUCCACGGCAAUUUUAUCGAACACCUGGGCAACUACUACAAGAUACAAGACGAAAUCGGGGUGAAAACUUUAGAUGCUAGCCAUAAUCGCAUAACGGAAAUAGGGCCGAUGUCUAUACCCAACAGUGUCGAACUUUUGUUCAUAAACAACAAUUUUAUUCGAAAUAUUCAUAUUAAUACUUUUCUGGACAAAGCUAAUCUAGUGCGGGUCGACAUGUACGCCAAUGACUUGGUGAAUAUGGAUCUAAAUGCCCUUCGUAUUGCCCCGGUGCCAUCCAAUCGUUCGCUGCCGGAAGUUUACCUUGGAGGCAACCCGUUUCAUUGCGACUGCACCAUGGAGUGGCUUCAGCUGAUCAACAAUAUGUCCGGGUCGCGUCAGUAUCCCCGUGUGAUGGACGUCGAUAACGUCUUGUGCAAAAUGACACAUUCCCGAGGUAUGACCCAUAUGUCGCUUAGCCGGGCCAAGUCGAGCGACUUCUUGUGCAAAUACGAAACCCACUGCUUCGCGCUAUGUCAUUGCUGUGAUUUUGACGCAUGCGACUGCGAGAUGACAUGCCCUAACAAUUGCACCUGCUACCACGAUCAGACCUGGAACACCAACGUUGUCGAUUGUUCCGGCCAGGGAGCCGCCGAGAUCCCGCAAAAAAUACCAAUGGACGCCACCGAAGUCUACCUCGACGGCAACGACAUCAGGGAGUUGCAAAAUCACGCUUUCAUCGGCCGCAAGAAUAUGCGGGUUCUGUACGUAAACAAUAGCGGCGUGGAGGCGAUUCAGAACAGUACCUUUAACGGGCUCAAUACUCUGCAAAUUUUGCAUUUGGAGGACAACAGACUUUCCGAACUGAAAGGCUUCGAAUUUGAACAUCUAUCGAGUUUGAAAGAGUUGUACUUACAGAACAAUGCGGUCUCGCAUAUCGGGAACGGCACCCUGGAAUCGCUGUUGUCGUUGGAAAUUUUGAAGUUGGACGGAAACAAACUGGUUAUGUUUCCGGUGUGGCAGCUGUCGAUUAAUCCGCGACUGAACGAAAUCACAUUGGGGAACAACCCCUGGUCGUGUCGAUGCAAAUUUUUACAAAAGCUCACGCCCUGGGUAGCGGAAAACGCAAUGAAAGUAAUCGACAGCACGGACAUGAUGUGUUACAACCCCGAUCUCAAACCACCCCAGCGUAAAGAGUUGGACUUCAACAGUACCGCGUGCAGUGACUUUUACGCGGGAAGUUCGGUGAUUGACAGUAUGCUCGUGUCCGAUUACUGGCCGAUGGUAGUGAUAACGCUGUGCGUUGUGAUAUUGCUACUCCUAGUCGUCGUUUUAUGGUUCAUAUUCCAGGACCCAUUACGCGUUUGGCUUUACUCUCGUUACGGGGUCAGGUUAUGCAAUUUCCGCGACAAUUCGGCGCAACAGUUCGAGGACAGAGACAAGCUGUACGACGCGUUUGUUUGCUAUAGCCCCAAGGACGAAGAAUGGGUGGUACAAUCUUUGGCAGCCGAAUUGGAACCCAAAUAUCAGCUGUGUCUUCAUUAUCGCGAUAUUCCGCACAGCGCUUACAUUCAGCACACCGCGCCGGCAGUGCUGGAAGCGACCGAGGCGAGUCGAAGGGUUAUUUUGGUCCUAACCAGGAACUUCUUGGAGACCGAGUGGUCUAGAUUUGAGUUGCGACAGGCGCUCCACGAGGCCAUCAAGGGGAGAAUUUUUAAACUCGUCAUAAUCGAAGAGGGCGUGCUACACGAGGCCGUCCUUGAUCCCGACCUGCGGUUGUAUUUGAAAACCGCGGAACACGUGCGCUGGGGCGAGAAGCGAUUUUGGGAGAAACUUAAAUACGCCCUUCCGUCAAUAGAGACCCGAGACAAAAUAAAUGCCAACUACAGACGUAACAUCAACAAUUACACGAUCGAUUCGAGGGUAGCCGCCAACGGAACCCAUCAUCACUCGCAUCACUCGUACCCGGAAAAGCUAAGGCCUCAGGGCCCGCCUUCACCCGGUAUGCAGAUGAUGCCUCCACCGGCAUAUACCGCCGGCUUGCCUCAGGAGGUAGACGAUGCCAACUACUCGUCUGCGACGACGGCCACGCCGUCUCCGAGACCUUCCAGGCGGAUGACCCAGGAGCCGAGGCCGAUCUCGGACCACAUCUAUUCGAGUAUAGACUCCGAUUAUAGUACCCUCGAAAGGGGUAGCUCGGGUCGGCGGGGACCACCGUGGAGGCCCCCCCACGUGGUGAUGCAGACCGCGGGCGUCAACAGCGGCGGCCAGGCCUAUCUUGUGUGAUAACAUGACUGACUAGGUAUACUUACUAUAAAUAUAUUUUAAAGAGACUCGUAAAAAUGUCUAACUAAUUAUAGUUCGUGUAAUUAUUUUUCCUGUAUCAUUUUUGUACAUUGCUGUAUAUAGAUAUAUUUAUUUGUUUUCCUAUUAGUUUGUAUUAUGUGUAUAUUUUUUACGAAAAGCGAAAUGAAUUACGUAAUAAAUACGAUGUGAAAUU